AAAAAGAUCUUAAUAAUCGCAUUCAUUCACAACUAAGCAUUGGUGUAAGGCGGUAGCACGUGUUCUAAAAGUGGAAAUUACUGUAAUUCAGAAAUAUAUAGUAAAGCAAGUUUCCCGAAUUUUCCGGCAUUAUUAAAACUUUUGUAUUUAGCAAACAUAGCAUUUGAAAAAUAAAUUUAGAAAUGGCCGCUCAUGCAAUUAAAAAAAUUAUGCCUAUGUUGGACCGUAUAUUGGUACAACGUGCUGAAUCAAUGACAACGACUAAAGGCGGCAUUGUCUUGCCCGAAAAAUCGCAAACUAAAAUGAUGCAAGGCACCGUUGUUGCUGUAGGGCCGGGUGCACGCAAUAACCAAACUGGCGCUCAUAUUUCUCCUUCAGUCAAAGAAGGUGAUCGUGUGCUCUUACCGGAAUAUGGCGGUACCAAAGUUGAAUUGGAGGAUAAGAAGGAAUAUUUACUUUACCGUGAAUCUGACAUAUUGGCUAAAUAUGAAUAGAUUUCCUCGUUAUCUUAGUUCAUCCAGAAAUAAUCAUUUCUUACGUUUCAUCUGUAAAAUUUUAAUUUUGAACCAUAAUUAAUGUAAUCUUUAACUACUUCCUCUCUCUCGCGAGCUAUGGGAGUUUGAAAAUUUUGCGAAUUCCAUUAAAUAAGAGUAGAUUGUGUGGGCUACAAGCUUGAAUAUCGUUGGCUGUUGAACUUGCAAAUGAUGAUUUAGGCCUGCUUGCCUAAUUUUUGAGAAGAGAAAUAAAACACGCUUUAUAUUGUUUAA